AACAAAAGAACAAUAAGACACUACUGAAUCCCCACAAACUGCUCAGUGUCUGGUCUGUAGCUGACAGUAACCUCUGACCUGACACAACAUUUCUGCACAUUUCAUUAGUCUGCAAAACAUUUUGACAAGAUGUGAGCAGCAGAAAGAAUAAAACUCCUUUCAUAUGUGAACAAAGUUGAGUGUCUCCCCGUCCUCUUACACAGGCUGAAGUAACAUCAUAUACUUUCACUUUCGUUCAUAACAUGUUUGAGCCUGUUUUACCUAGAUACAAGUGACGUCAUGCCCAGAAUAAAUUCCCAUUGGCUCAGUUGAAGGUUUUCUCAUUUCAACUCUGAUCGUCGAGCAGGAAGGAUGAUCUCUGUUUCUCUCUUCAGACAAACACACAAAGCUUCACUCUGGUAAAUCUUCAGACGGUCACAAUGCAGAUCUUUGCUGCUCUGGUUCUCCUGGGAACAGCCCUGCAUGGCGCUGCACCAAUGACUCACUCUAUGAUAGAUUUCUACACUGCAUCGUCUCAAGUCCCAAACUUCCCAGAGUUUGUGAUUGUUGGUUUGGUUAAUGAUAUUGAGACAGAUCACUAUGAUAGUAACAGCAGGAAAUCAGAACCCAAACAGGAGUGGGUGAUCAGAGCCACAGAAGAUGAUCCUCAGUACUGGCAGAGGGAGACUGAGAGACAAUUUGGUCACCAGCAGCUCUUCAAAAACAACAUUGAAGUUGCAAAGCAGCGCUUCAACCAAACUGGAGGUGUCCACAUUUUCCAGUGGAUGGUUGGCUGUGAAUGGGAUGAUGAGACUAAUGAGGUCAAAGGUUAUGAUCAGUACUCUUAUGAUGGAGAAGACUUCUUAUCAUUGGACCUGGAGACGGAGACAUGGGUCGCUUCAAAACAACAGGCUGUCAUCACCAAACACAACUGGGAUAAUGACAAAGUUCUGAUGGCUCGGAAGAAGCACGACUACACCCAGUAUUGUCCUGAGUUGCUGAAGAAGUUAGUGAACUUUGGGAGGAGCUCUCUGCUGAGAAAAGACCUUCCCUCAGUGUCUCUCCUCCAGAAGACUCCCUCCUCUCCAGUCAGCUGCCACGCUACAGGUUUCUACCCUGACGGAGCCAUGAUGUUCUGGAGGAAAGAUGGAGAGGAGCUUCAUGAGGACGUGGACCUCGGAGAGAUCCUCCCCAACCACGAUGGAUCCUUCCAGAUGAGUGUUGACCUGGACCUCUCAUCAGUCAAACCUGAAGACUGGACCAGGUACGACUGUGUGUUUCAGCUGGUUGGUGUGAAGGAGCACAUCUUCACCAGACUGGAAGAAGAAAAGAUCAGGACCAACAGAGAGAAACCCACUGACAAGAACGUCAUCAUCAUUGCUGCAGUCGUUGUUCCUCUCGUCCUCCUCCUCCUCGCUGUGAUUGGAUUCAUCGUUUACAGAAGGUGCAAUGGGAUGCUUUAAGGCAGCCAACUGUAAGUCAUCUUCUGAAAACAACUCUGAGUUCUCUGAGAAACUGAAUUGUGGAAAAGACAACCCUGAAGGCCAAACACACAACCCUGCACAAAGUGGGCUGCUUCAGGAGACAUGAACUUUUCACACCUGCUGUUAAACAAAGACGCCUUCAACUUUGUGUAAAACAACUUCUGUCAUUGUUUCUUAUUCAGCUUUUGUGACACAAUCUAGCUUUAAAGAACAUAUUUGAUUUUAUACAGAUUUUCCAUAACAAAGUUGAGAUUUUAAUAAAAGUGUGAAGAGAAAGACACAGAUUCUUUCAGAAAUCUUCACAUCAGCAGAUCAGAUAAAGUGUAAUAUUAAAAAGUCAAGUUUGAACCUGAAGAAAAACAGUGACACCAAAUACUGAAAUAGUGUUGAAAAAAAUCUAAAAUAAAUAAUUUGUUUAAAAAGCAUAUUAGCUAAAUGCUUACAAAAUGUUCACACUAGUUAAUGAAUCAUGGAUAUUUGAGGUCUAAAUGAAGCUGUAAAUAUGAGGCUUUGUGGAAUUUUACUCUCCAAACCUCUAUGGUAAAUAAUUCAGAUUUUUAUAUAUAUAUUUUUUCUAUUUCCUCUUUCGGUUUAUGGACACAUUUUGCACUGUGUCUGUAGUGCACUAUGGGACAUUUAGCAGAUAUGGUUAAUAAAACAGUGGUCAUAAAUAUUAAUAAAAAUACAUUGUGCAAAAAUCUGUGUAAUAUUAAUAAAGGAUGGGUGGGGGGUAAACACACUUCCAUUAUUUAAGUUAAGUUAUAUAAAUGAAGUUUAUGUGAAAUGUCUGAUUCCCUGAUGAGAUUUAUGAAACAUUUUUGAUUUGACCUCUGCAGAAUUUCUCACAUAUGAGAACCAUGGACGACUUUGUGUUUCAUUCUGAAGUGAACAAUCAUUUCAUUUGCUUUGAAUUCUCAGAAAUCCUUCUUUUGCAAUCGAAAAUAUAAUGCAAAGAAAAGGACCAAUGUCCAAACUCUUUUUAAAUGAGUGACAUUUUCCUGGUUAACAGAUUCAGCAGAUGUGGUUUAACACAAACUGGUGGUGAGCAUAAAUAUUAGACACAAGCCUGAAGUGGAAGGUGAGCUUCUCAAGGGUUUUAAUAUUUAUAAUGUUCCACUUAAACAUGUUAAAUCCAGAAACCCUGUGACAACACUGGACAACAUGUGUAAGUUGUUGUGUGAUGCUGGUGUCUCUGUGUGUCCUGUCAUGUCCCGUACAACACUUCUAAACUCUGUCAUGUUGUGGAGAAGAUCUCUGAUCUGUUUCACAA